GGGGCAACGGGAAUUAGCAUUUUGUAUGCAUUUGUCUUGUUUGGAUAUCUACCUAGCUAGCCUACCUACUAGACAAGGUACCACCUUUUGCAAUGCUCGACUCGCCACAUAGUCCUCACCAUUUAAUAUAAUUUCUUAGUACAAAGGUCAAAUCUUGUCUAAUCAAUCACCCUCAACCUCAUUUCUACACAUCAUCAUAUCCAUCCAUGUUCAUUCAGUUGGGAUUUACCAAUUUCCGUGCAGAGAUCCGUCCAGUGUAUAAAUGAAGCCAAUCGUGCUCAGGCUAUGAAGUUUGCGAAUGCCGGGAUUGGAUUGAUCUUGAUAUGGGCAUUUAGUCAGAGCAGAGUCAUCAUCUCCUAAUGCUCGUAACAAGAGGCUGUUUGAGAUUUGAAGGGCCAAUCCAUAAAAAGGUGAACGUUGGUGAUUUUGCCACCCUGAGUUGAUUUUAAAAUGGGAGCAAAUUUAUCUCAUGAGCCAAAUAUAAAAGCAUUUGCUCCCAGGGAAGAGACAAUCCCAAGCGACAUGCUGCCAGACGAUGGAGUUGAAAUGGAUAAAAAUACUGAAACUGGAGAACUUAGCAUCAGUUUUGGUUAUCAAUGCAAUGACAAAAACGUUAUUGCCAGCAAGCCUUCACAUGAUGUUGAAGUCCCCAGUGAGAUAAAUGUUAGUAAUCAGAGCUUCACUAAGAGGAGUAGUUCAUUUUCUUGUUUGUCUGGUGCUGCACUGAGUGCAAAUGCUACAUUGGCCAAUACCAAGAUAGGAAAUGGGUUGAUUGGGGUUGAGAUUUUACCUGGUUUAGAUUCUCCUAGAUCAUUUAGGAGACUGGAAUCAUCUCCUUCAUUCUCAUGGUUAGAUUCUUCGUCUUCUUCUUCUUCUUCCUCCUCCUCCUCUUCUUGUCAGAGCUGUAUUUCCACAAUGUAUGGCAGCUUAGUCAUCCAAAGUGAGGUCGUCAAUAAUGGGAAAUCUCUUUUAGGAUCUACGAGUGCACCUACUAGAAUAGAGACCUCAAGGUUUCUAAAUGCCACUGACGUCCAAAUGGCUGGUGGAGCUGCUGGGGAAGAUCGAGUUCAAGCUGUAUGCUCAGAGGAGAAUGGAUGGCUUUUUUGUGGGGUGUAUGAUGGAUUCAAUGGUCGAGAUGCAGCCGAUUUCUUGGCGGGAUUCUUAUAUGAGAACAUUGGAUUUAAUUUGCAUUUACUAGAGUGGCGUGUGAAGCAGCAGGAAACUUGCCAGGCAGAUAUAUCAGGUGUAAAGAGCGGCCCAGGGCAAUUGUCUGAAGGCUAUGAUAUUUGCAACCAUCUAUCACCCAAUUUAAAUUUUGUCAGGAAAGAUAAAUCAUUGGAAGCUACAAUAAUGCAAACAGAAAUGAACCAAAGUGGAGAUAUGAAAGUUCCAUGCAAGUCAUAUAGUGAGGGGGAUAGUAAUUCUUUACAAUUUUCGUCCGAGUCAUUUAGGCAGGGGGUUAGUAAAUGCCUACAACUUGCUCUGGCUCAAGUUGAGAGUGACUUCAUGUAUAUGGUUGAGCAAGAGAUGGAUCACCGUCCUGAUUUAGUGACAAUUGGAUCGUGUGUUUUGGUGGUGCUUCUUCAUUGUCAGGACCUUUACACACUAAAUCUAGGCGACAGCAGAUGUGUUUUAGCAACAAGUGAUGGCCCCAUUAAUAAUGAUGAUGAUCGAUGUUUAAAAGCAAUACAGCUUACAGAAACUCAUACCGUUGAUGAGGAGACAGAAAGAAGGCAGCUUUUGGAAGAACAUCCUGAUGAUCCCUUAACAAUUGUUGGGGGAAAGGUGAAAGGAAAACUUAAGGUAACUCGUGCUUUCGGAGUUGGCUAUCUAAAGAAGAAAAAAAUGAACAAUGUCCUGAUGGGUAUACUAAGAGUUCGUAAUUUAUCUAGCCCACCAUAUAUUCGUACUCAGCCAUCUGUGAAUAUUCACAGGGUCUCAGAACAUGAUCGGUUUGUUGUCAUAGGCAGUGAUGGUUUGUUCGAUUUUUUUAGCAAUGAUGAGGUUGUCAAACUUGUUGAUUCAUUCAUUCUGGCGAACCCUUUGGGCGAUCCAGCCAAGUACAUACUAGAGCAACUCUUAAUAAGAGCUGCAGAAAAUGCAGGUAUGAGUAUACAAGAGUUGAUGAAUAUCCCUUCCGGCCGACGGAGGAAGUAUCAUGAUGAUGUCACCGUGGUAAUAAUUUUGCUGGGGAAGCAACAGCAGCAGCGCACAUCAACAGCAUCAACUUCAUUCUAGAUAUUAAAUAUUCUUUACCACGACAAUGAAAACAAAAUAAAGCCCUUACGCUACAUAUUUGGUCAUGUAUUAUAUACUAAAUCACAUUAUUGCAAAGAAAUCUGUUUUUGUGUAAUUUGGCAUAUUAAUUUAGUUCUCAUUUGAAAGA